GUUUAAUAUUUGCCGGCAGUUUAAAGGGAAGUCGUUUUAUGUGGAGUUUGUUUUAAUCGAAUAUAAUUAAUUGAUCAGUUAAGCUUUAAAUAACUUGUUUGAAUUUAGAUUUGGUAUUUUAUUUUGAAAUGGCUUCUGAAUUUUACCUUCGUUAUUAUGUGGGCCAUAAGGGAAAGUUUGGGCACGAGUUUUUGGAGUUUGAAUUUCGACCAGACGGAAAGUUGCGAUAUGCAAAUAAUUCAAAUUAUAAGAACGACACGAUGAUUCGAAAGGAAGCUUACGUCCACAAAGCUGUGUUAGAGGAAUUAAAACGUGUCAUCGAUGAUUCCGAGAUAAUGAAAGAGGAUGACACCUUGUGGCCAACACCAGAUCGUGUUGGACGACAGGAAUUGGAAAUAGUUUUGGGCAAAGAUCAUAUUUCAUUCACAACGUCAAAGAUUGGAUCGCUCGUUGACGUUACAGAUUGUAAAGAUUCCGACGGACUGCGAUGUUUUUAUUAUCUCGUGCAGGAUCUUAAAUGUAUGGUCUUCUCUCUCAUUGGGCUGCAUUUCAAGAUCAAACCAAUCUGAAGAUUGAAAUAAAUUUGGAGGAAACCUCAAAAACUGGAGACAAGCAAUCUGAGACAAUGAUAUCCACGCUUUUAUAUUUGUGUAUUCUGUGUCGUGUGAAAUAAACCAGAAGUUUAUAAA